CAACAAAAAGCGCGCUCUUCUCGUGAGGUUUGCUUGGUGGUGUGGUGCAGUACUUUUUUCACACGCUCUGUUUCUCUCUCUCUCUGUCUCUUCGCCGCUCGAAAAUUCGCUCUCUGAUCGAGAAUAAGCGGUAGGAGGCGAUAGAGAAUUAGAAGAAGUUCGAGGGCGGAGCUGGAUUGCUGGUACUGAAGAAGAAUUUGGAGCUGUUGCGGCAGGAUUUGUUGUUAUGCCUGAAGAAGCCAUGACAGGUAGAGCGUCAUCGGGAAGGACGCCGACUUGGAAGGAAAGGGAGAACAAUAAGAGGAGGGAGAGACGGCGGAGGGCUAUUGCUGCUAAGAUCUACACUGGUCUCAGAACUCAGGGGAACUAUAAGCUUCCUAAGCACUGUGAUAACAACGAGGUCUUGAAGGCGCUUUGUAGUGAAGCUGGUUGGGUGGUUGAAGAAGAUGGCACCACCUAUCGCAAGGGAUGCAAGCCUCCUCCGAUUGAUAUUGGCACUUCUGCUAACAUGAGCGCUUGUUCUUCUCUUCAACCAAGCCCACAAUCUUCAUGUUUCCCAAGUCCUGUACCAUCCUACCAUGCCAGCCCUUCUUCAUCCUCUUUUCCGAGCCCAACUCGAUUUGAUGGGAAUCCAUCUUAUCUUUUGCCAUUCCUUCAAAAUAUAACCUCUAUACCUGCUAAUCUCGCACCUCUCAGAAUAUCAAACAGUGCACCUGUUACGCCACCUCUUUCUUCCCCGACAUCGAGGGGUUCGAAGCGAAAACCUGACUGGGAGUCCAUUCCAAAUAGCUACUUGACCUCUUUCCGCCACCCCCUCUACGCUGUCUCUGCUCCUUCAAGUCCUACAAGAUGCCGCCAUCUUACACCAGCAACAAUUCCAGAAUGUGAUGAGUCUGAUGCUUCUACUGUGGACUCUGGCCGCUGGGUCAGUUUCCAAACUGUAGCACCUUCUGUUGCUCCUCCCUCCCCUACAUUUAAUCUGAUGAAACCAGUGAGCCAGCAAAAGUCUCUCCACGAUUCAGUUGACAGACAUGGAGCAAUGGGCUGGGGUGCUGCAUCGGACAGGGGGCGAGGCUCUGAGUUCGAAUUCGAGAAAUUUGAGAAUGGCAAAGUGAAGCCAUGGGAGGGUGAGAGAAUUCAUGAAGUUGGGGUGGACGAUUUGGAGCUUACACUUGGGAGUGGGAAGGCCCGUGGUUAAGCAUCCACUUGAAGAUAUUCUCUUUAAAGGUUAUUGGUUUAUGCUCACUCAAUUUGUUUACUUUCUUAGCUUGGACUUGCACUUCCACUACACCUCCGUUCUCUUGGAGCCUCUGCAAAUCUCAACAGUUCCCUUCUCUGGUUCCACAUCUUACGCCUUCAUUUGAACAGUUCUUUUCUCUUGUGGAGCCUUUGCAAAUCUGAACUCAUUACAUCUUGUGGUGGAAGAGGAAUCAAUAUUUGAUUCGGGCCCAGGAAAGAACAACAUUCAGAAGAACAAUGCAAUUAAUUGUGAUGGUUUCAAUU